CCCGGUCUGACAUUCGCUCUGGUGCUAUUUCACGCCGCUUUAUUUUAGCCUCGCUCACCUGUCGGCUCUCCCUAGACUGUCACUCACGUUUGUGUUCAUGACUUUUUGGUCAAAUUCAAAAGGCGCCUGUCUUUGUUUGACAGUGUGAUCGGUUUAGGCAGGGUGAACCUGAGAUGUCUAAAUGUCACACAUUUUUCUCAGUUCACUUCUUCGUGUCCUCGGGGCGAGACAGAACCAGACGAGUCGACGCGCCUCAUCCAGCUGACAGAACACUGUUGCACCGCUUCAUUCAAGACGGAAAACGUCCCCGAGUUGUCUUCUGCAAAUGUUUUAAGUCAGGAAUGCUGCAUGUUAAGCGGUGCCAUGCUGCCGGGGGGCUGUGGAUGAGAGAUGAUGUCGUCGGACUUCUACUCCAGAGAUGAUCUGGUGGAGAGGGGGUCCAUCCCCCUGGACAUCGACAACGUCCACAUGCUGCUGCAGGUGGAACAAGAACAGAUCCAGAAGAAGACUUUCACCAACUGGGUCAACGCUCAGCUGGCAAAGCGGAGGCCACCCUGCAUGGUGAUGGAUCUGUUCAGUGACUUCCGGGAUGGCUCCAGACUGUUGGACCUGCUGGAGGUGAUGAGCGGCCAGCGUGUGAGUCGGGAGAGAGGCAGAGGGAUGUUUCAGCACCGGAGCAACAUUGAGAAGGCCCUCUCCUUCCUGAAGCAGAAAUCGAUCAAACUCGUCAACAUUCACAUUCCUGAUAUUAUGGAUGGUAAACCGUCCAUCAUCCUGGGCCUCAUAUGGACCAUCAUCCUGCAGUAUCAUAUCGAGGAGUUGGCCAGCGGCCUCUCGUUCAGCUCCCGUCAGUCCUCCAUGGAGUCUCUGACCAGUCUGGACACUCGGUCCAGCCUGUCGAGCCGCUCGGCCAGCAGCAGUCCUGUUCCUCCCCGCGGCUCGCCGCUACACAACAGAUUCAGAGUGUCUGCCAAGAAGGCCCUGCUGCUCUGGGUCCGGGAACAGUGCCACAAAGCCGGCUGUACGUUAAAUGUGAAAGACUUCAAAGCCAGCUGGAGGAGUGGCGUGGUCUUCCUGGCCAUCCUGUACGCUCUGCGGCCCGACCUGGUGGAUCUGUCCAAAGCCAGAACCAGAAGCAACAAGCAGAACCUGGAGGAGGCCUUCCGCAUCGCAGAGAGAGAGCUGAGGAUCCCCAGACUGCUGGAUCCUGACGAUGUGGACGUUCGAGACCCCGAUGAGAAGUCCAUCAUGACCUACGUGGCUCAGUUCCUGCAGUACUCCAGAGACCUGCCAGUGCCAGAGGAGGAAAUGCAGGCGACUCCUGAUCAGAAGGCGAAGGAAGUGACCUGCUGGCUGGUUCAGGCGUACGACGAGCUGCUGGAGGGAUGGGACUCCACAGAGGGCGAGAGCUACUCAGAGAGAUACCAUGUGUUUCAUACAUUUCUGGUGUCCUUUAACGAGCAGCGGCGUCCCAUCAUGCCUCUGUUAACAGCCAUGAGACGAGCCCAGACGCUGAGCGAGGAUCAGCGAGCUCUGAGAGAGGCGUGGGACGCUCUGACUGCAAAGCUGCGUGAAUACAAAGUCGAGUUAGAUACGAGUCUCCCGGCGCCGCUGGCCACGGUGGCUCGCUGGCUGCUGAAAACAGAAGGAGCUCUGGCCGAGGAGGAGGGCGACCCGCAGGACCACGGCCGAGCCGCCGACGACGCCAGGGAGAAACAGGAGCUGCUCAAAGUCUGUCUGGAGGAGAUGCCGCAGCACGUGAAGACCUUCCAGUCCUUCCAGAAUGUGGAUGAAUAUGGAAACAUGAUGGUUCCCACUGACAAGAUGGAUGAACUAAAGAGGAGGUUCACCAGUGUUAGAGUGUCUGCCAAAUACCAUGGGAUCAAGCUGGAGUACAGGGAGCACCGCCACACAGUUUUGGAUCUGUUGGGGCAGAUCAGGACCAAGCUCCGGGUCUGGAAGAGGCCUUAUAUCUCCCCGGAGGCUGUCAGGGUGUUGCUGCAAGAAUGGCAUGAGCUGGUAAACAAGCAGGAUCUGCCUUCUUUGCUGGAAGCAACUCUUCAUAAGACGAAGCAGGUUUCUGAGAGAUAUUCCAGCAAAUCUGCCCUCGCUGGAGAUUACCCCCAGGUCAGUCAGCAGGUGAAGCAGAUGGAGGAGGACACCGCCCUGGUUUUGGAGGAGGUGACCUCAACCAAGAGCACCAUGGGACGGGUCCUGUCAGCCUGGGACUCCUACAGCGACUGCCUCAGCUCCCUGCAGGCUUGGCUGCAGCAGGACUCAGUAACACAAAGCCAUGGCCGCAGAUCAGAGGUGACGUCUCAGUCUAUCGCUGAGUGGGGCUCUCGACAUGCCCACCUGAACGAGGUGGGUAACUUCCUGAUCGAGUCAACAGACCCUCAGACCAGCAGAAGUUUGGCGGAGGAGCUGCGCAGACUGAACAUGCACUGGGCCGAGUUCAUCAAGAGGAACACAUUUGACAAUGUGGCUGAGCCCAGUGCUGAGGCCCAGGCCGGACCACAAGACGCCCAAGCUCUAAUCAGAGAAGCAACACUAAUCCUCAAAGAGCCUCUUGAGGCCAUGGCAGGUCCCUUACGCACCUACAGAAAACGAAUACAGUUCAUAAUGAGAAAGAUAAAAGAAGUGGAUCUGGAUGCUCUGGCUCCCUCCCCAGAAUGCCCUGCGGAUCAGUUACAGAAAGUGAAGCUUGUUAUACCGGAAGUGAUGCAGACCAUGCUUGAGGCAGAACAGGUAUGUGCAGAGCUGCAGCACAGUGUAUCAGGUCUGGACAGUCGCCUAGCUGAACUCCUACACUGGGAGACUGAUGCCAGGGAGCUCUACCAGCUUCUGAGGGCCACAGAGCGACAACAGCGGGGCCAAGACCCACGAGCCAGGGCCCUAAUAUCUCGUGGUCUACAGCUGGAGGGUCAGGUGGUCACAGAGGAGCAGGACCUGCAAGUGAUGGUGAUGACAAGUCAGAAGAACUCUCCCCUCCAGUACCUCCACGCCUCCGCCAUGCAGGACCGAGUGCGAGCCGCUGUUGCUCAGUCGCAGGAAGCUGUAGGUAUGUUGAGCAGCCUGGGAGCCAGACGAGACAGAAGCAGAAGCCCCCCCGAAGAGUCCCCGCCAUCAAAAGUCUUUAUCCAGGCAAAAGUAAUGCCUCAACAUCUGAGAGAGUCAGAUAUCAGGCACCAGACUGUGCAGCCUGAAACAAAGAUAGUUUCUCAUCAGCAACAUGGAACCUUCGUGCCAAAAAUAGUGGUGCAGGAAUACAAAACACAAAAGACGACGUCUCCUCCAAUGCCAUAUACCUAUGCAGAAGCUGUAAUGCAGACCAGAACAAAGUCACCACCAGAAGUCCAGGUACAGGUCUGGACAGAGAGUACUACACAACAACAGCAGAAUCAGGAACAAGGAUUGAUACAGCAGCAACAGCCACUGCUCCAAGAACAACAUAAGAGACAUGAAACAGGAAAAGAGGUGCAACAGCAAGAACUCAAGCAACAGCAACCACAAGAAUUGCAACAUAAGGAGCUGAUGCUAACACAACCACAACAAAAAGAGCAUAAGCAAGAACAACGGGUGGAGCAGCAGCUAGAAAUACAUCAAUAUCAAGUUCAGCAGCAUGUGGUGACUCACACACAGGUUCAACCACAAGUUGGACAGUUGCCAGAGCACCACGAGCAGACUUCACCUCAACAACCAGCUAAAAUUAAACCAUCACUGAGCUCCAAGGAGCUUCAAAGCAGAAAAGCACAGGCCCUGAGGAGUCGCCCAUGGCUUCAGAAGCCAGCUUCAGGGGAGCAUAAAACUCCAGCUCCAGAUCCAGAUCGGGAUUCUACUCAGGAACCUAUUCAAACUAGACAGACACAGCCGGAGUCAGACAGAGAGACAGAGGGAUUAGUUCAGGUUGUUUCUCAGCAUACACCAAUGCCUAGCCCACAACCUGUUGCACUUGCAAAGGUUACUGAGCAGCCACAACAGCAGCAAAAAGAGCAACAAAGACAAACACAGCAACUUCAAAACCUAGAGCCGAAACAGAAAGAACAACUGCAACGUCAGCAACAGCAACAAAAAGAGAAGCAUCAACAACAACAACAACAACAGCAACAAAAAGAGAAGCAUCAACAACAACAGCAGCACCCUGAAAAACAGCAACCCCCGCCUGUAGUAAAACAGACAGAACCUGAUUCAGGCACCAAGGCUAAACCCCAGACUGUAGCUACAUGUCAGUCAAAACCCCAAACUACGGUCCAUCCUCACUCUCAGGCAGCAGUCCAAGUGCAGGUGCAGUCAACAAGUGUGUCCCAUACCACCACAGACAGUCAGCUACCAUCGAAGACCAUGUCUCAAACCAACAUGAGCCAAAUUCAGUCACAGGCACAAGUUCCUCCACAGCCCUAUGGUCCCAUGAAGACACAAUCAUUGACCCAGCAACAGACACAACUACAGGUUCAGACUCAGCCUCAGACAUGUGUCCCAGCUGGACCUCAGCCUGCUAUGCAGCCUAAGGGUCUAGCCCAUGGCCCAGCUGUAGUGCAAGCGCAGACAUUGGCUCAGGUCAGACCUUCGUCCCCCAUGCAGGUUCCACUGCAGGGCCAUAUCCAACCUCCUGUGCCAUCUCACAUUCAGCUUCGUAGUCAUCCACAGUCAUGGGCCCCUGUCAGGCCCCCCUCCCCAAAGCCACCAGUCCAUACCCAGAGUCAAAUAGAUGUUCAGUCAAUGCCCCAGGCCCAUACUCAUUUAAUGCCCCAGCCUCAAGCCCAUUCUCAGACCAUGGUCCAUGUUCAAACUCAUCCUCAGUUGACGGUGCAGCCUCAGACUCAGUCCAUGCCCCAGUCUCAAAUACAAGCCCAGUCCAUGGUCCAGGCACAAACCCAUGCUCAGCCAAUGGCUCAGGCAAGUCAGGCUCAGCCUUCAACUCAACAUACCCAAGCUCAACUUGUAGUCCAGCCACAGGUUCAUUCUCAGCCUAUGACUCAGCCUAUGUAUCCCACACAUGGUCAGCCAGCAGCACAACACCCUGGGCAUAUUUCCCAGGGCCAAAUCCAAACUUGGACUCAAGUUAGAGCCUCAUCCCCUAUGUCUAUCCCUCAUCCACAGGCUACAGCACAACAUCCACCUCCACAUUUCCCCCAAGGUUACUCCCAGGCUCAGUCUCCAUCCCAGCAAUGGAUACCUAAACAAGAGUCACAAAACCAAGCCAUUGCCCAGCAGAGGCAUUCAAUUCCCCAACCGUACCCUCAACAAACAGUUCAAGCUCCACAGUCUCAAGCCUAUGCAACAGUGCAGGCUCUCCCAUCAUGGCCCCCAGCUGGACCCCAGUUAGGACCUCAGAUAGGGCAUCCCGGAUAUCCUCAGAUGGGGCCAUCAUAUACUCAGCCUCAGAUGCAGCAACAAACACAAACCCAACCCUGGGCUCAAACACAACCCCAAGUGAGACCCCAGAGUUCUAUGCAACAGCAACCUCAGAUAAGAGGUUUUGAAAUGUAUCAUGGCCAGACACAACAAGGCCAGGUUCAGCAACAGACUUGGGUUCAGGCACCACCUCAGCUUCAGCCCCAGCAUUAUCCCCAGCCUUAUCCUCAGUCUCACCCCCAGUCUCAAUCUCAGCAAUUUUCCCAGGUCCAACAUCAAACUCAGCGGCACCCUCAGAUGAAAGUUCAAAUGCCUCACCAAUCACAACCACCGCACCAAGCCUAUCCUCAACUUCUUUCACAACCCCAGCUCGAACCUCAACCACAUGCACAGACUGAAACACACAUCCAGGCACAGUCAUCAGUACAAGUAAAGCAGCAGGCUCAAAUUCAGCAGCCUCAGCCCAACGUUCAGUUCCAGCAGCCACAUCUACAACCAAAACAUCAGAUUCAGUUCCAACAACAACCAAAGGUUCAGCCAACAACUAAACCAAAAGGUGAAUCAGCUCCAAAACCCAAACCUCCGGCCCACUUUGCACCCCAACCAGAGGUUCCAUCACUAACUCAACCUAUGGUUCAGUCACCAACACAGUCCAAGGCUGGACCUCUGUCACAACCAUUAUGUGAGCCCCAGUUGCCACCACCACCCAUGGCUCAGUCACCAAUCAAGACAGAGUCAGCACCACAACUGAAAUUGCAGACCCAAACAGCACCACUACCUGAAGCUCAAUCAUCAACUCAAUCCAAGGUUCAGUCACAAACCCAACCCAAGGCCCAAUCACUGCCACAACCCAAACCUAAGGCAGAAUUGCCACCACAGCCCCAACUUCAGGCUCAGUCAUCACCACUACCAAAGUCCCAAACUGCACCACCAAUUGAAACUCAAUCACCAACUCAAGCUAACAUUCAGUCAGCAGCCCAAUCCAACGUACAACCACAGCCCCAAAUUCAGCCUCAGUCACCACCACUACCAAAGGCCCAAACAGCACCACAACCCGAAGCUCAGUCACCAGCUCAAGCUAAGGUUCAGUCACCAACCCAACCCAAGGCCCAGUCAUCGCCACAACCCAAACCUCAGACACAACCACAGCCCAAUCUUCAGGCACAGUCGCCACCACAACUCAAGGCUCAAGCUGCACUGCAGUCUAAAGCCCAAUCACCUCCACAGGGCAGACCUCAGACCCAACCAUUUCCACAGUCAAAGCCUCAAACUCAGUCUCCCCUGCAACCUAAACCUCCACAUCCCCAAACUAUUCUCGUCUCGCAGGUCAAUGUACAGUCUGAGUCCCCAGCUGAGUCACCAGACCUGUUUGUUACACCUCCGGCUCUGGCCCAAGCACCCCCCCAGGCCUACACAGAAGCUUACGCCAAGGCCCAGGCUUUGGCUAGAAAUGGAUUUGAGGAGGCCAAGCACUGUCUGCAAGAGCACAUCAGGGAAACAAUGAACAUUUUUGAAGACAAACGUAUAUCAGCUGAGCCAGCAUCAGUGAAAGAGGAGACUCUAAGGACUUUGGACCCAGAAUUGCUGGAGGAGUUCUUGAGAGCAGCCAAGGGCAUGGAGGCCUUUUGUACCCCCUCUCAGCUCAGAGACAUGGAGUUCUACACCCAGUCUGUCAGGGCACAGUGGGAGGCUUGCAUCUCAGAGGAUGGCAGCUUUGCCCUGGCUGGGCAGCACCUCGAGGCCUUGAGAAAUCUGUGUGACACCCUGAGCCCUGAGGAUGCUCACCGCCUGGCCCAGACUCAGCUGAGGGAGUGUGAGAACAGGCUGGCUGCCAUUCAGCGGCAGUUCAGUGGCGAUCAAGAGGCACCACUCCCUGAUUCUAGGAUUCCCGUUGCCUUCAGUGAUGAUCUGACCACACAAAAGGAACUCACAAGACCAAGUGACAAAGCUCAAGUCUCAGCUGAGAUCAUUCAAGUGACAAUGAAGCCAGUGAAUGUUGAGAGGAAGGAGAUUGAAAAGCAGCCGUCUGUAGAGGAGGAAGUCACCAAAAAAGAGGCAUUAGAAAGGUAUGACAACUGUAAGAGGACUCUGCAGGCCCAACUGGCUAAAAAUGAACAGAGUAUUAAAGACGCCCCCUCUGACUGCGUCUCUCUUAAAGGCCUCCACACACGGCUGCAGGAGAUCCAGUUCUUGAGGCAGGAGACAGAAUCUCUGUGGUCUGAUUACGCAAACCAGUGUUCCCAGUGUUCUCAGUUGAGCGGGAACACUGGCCUGGAACAGGAGAAGGCGGAGCUACAGGAGCAGUGGCGAAGUCAACAGUCCAACCUUCAGAAGAGAGGCAGCUCGCUGGGCGCCGCCCUCAGACAGAUCGACUCCACCGAGAACCACAUGGUGGACUUCACCGACCGCCUGGACCGCUACCUGAGACAACCCAAAGACAUCAGUGGCUUCACCCUGACCAGCACCAACAUCCUGAAAGACAUUAAGGAACUUGAUGAGAACAUCCAGAGCGAGCUGGACCAGGUGCCCCGUCUGGACCCUGAAUCAACUGAUCUGGACCCCAGAGACUGCUUCCCUCUGUCUCGUGAGGUCAACGCUCACAAGACCAGCCUGGAUCAGCUCCGUCAGCAGGUCCGCAAGAGUGAAGCAGCCGCUCGCGCCCUCGACCGCUUCCUCAUGUCCCUGCGCACUGUGGAUGAGGACAUCUCUGGAGUCCAGGGCACCCCCUGCAGUGACCCGCAGGUACUGCAGGACUGUCGCUCCAAGUUGUCUCAGAUCAGGCAGAGCAUCGACAGCCUGAAAGAGAAGGCGCCUCAGCUGGAUCUGCUCCUGCAGGGGGCCAGGCUGACGGUCACCAGGGAUGGUGUCCCAGCCUCCUGCCUGGACAUGGUGAACGCCCUGCUGAGGAGGCUGGAGGAGGCUGACAGCGGGCUGGCCGGCCAGCAGAAAGGCAUCCAGAAGGAGACACAGAACAAAUCCCUGGGUCUGAGGAAGAGGACGCUGCUGGGAGAGCUGAGGAAGCUGCAGGAAACGAUCGAAUCGCAGGGCCUGAAGGAGCCCUCCAUGCCUGCUGUACAGCAGAGGCUCCGUGGACUGUCAGAUUUGGAGGGUCAGGUUCAGGCCCUGCAUGCAGAGUUCCAGAACCUUCGUGAACUUCAAGAGAAACAAGGUGCAGAAGAUCACCUCUUCCAGGAGCUGGAGACUCAGUGGAGGGACACACAGAGAGCUUUUGGAGACAGGAAGAAGCAAUGCAACGUCCUGCUAGACCUUCUUAAGAAGUUCCAGAGCUGCCGCGGCCACCUGAGUACCACCAUGCAGAGAGCCGAGCAGGCCAUCAGUGAUCAGGCCUCCUACAUGGGCAAGGACAACCUGCAGAGAAGCAUCACCAAGGUCACUGAUAUUAAGGAGGAGCUGGGUGGACUCAAGGAGAGUAUGGAGGAGAUGAGGGGAGUUUGCAGACAGCUGCAGUCCCAACUGAAGAAGUUCCCAGACUGCAGUGAGACGGCCUUUGAAGCAGAGGCCGACUCGCUCAUGGACAACUGGCUGGACGUGACAGAGAAGACUGAUGCCUACGUGGAUAACCUCCGGGUGGGGCUGGAGCUGUGGGAGAAGCAGCUGAUGCUCGGGGGAGAGGUAGACAGCUGGGCCGGGGCCAAACUGGCCCUGUUUGCUGAGAGCCAUCCCUUCCACAACGAGCAACAAGUCCUCGACAUGAGGGAUGAGAUCCAUGCCAAUGAGGAGAACAUCGAGCAUUUCCACAAGAAGUCUGCAGAGAUCCAUGAGAUGCUGCAGAGUCAGGAGGCUCCACUGGAGCUUCAGGUGAUGGAGACCCAGCUGAGGAAGAGGAUGCAGCAGGUGAAGGAGCUGUUCACCGACUGCACUGACGUCUUCGAGGAGCUGGUGGCUGUGAAGGCACACCUGGCUGAGAAGAUCGAGGAGUGUCAGUCAGCUGUAGAGAACAUUCAGAGUUCUCUCAGCAAGGUCGAUGUUUCACAACCGAAGGUGGAAGAUCAGAUACAGGAUCUGUGUGAUGAUCUGGAGGCUCAGGAGGAGCAGGCGGAGGCGGUGCUGAAGGAGGUGGGUUUGGUUUCCAGUGUGGCCAGUCCUCAGGUGAUGGAGGCGCUGUCUGUAGACUGCAGCCGGCUGAAGGAGGCCAUCUCCCGCACCAAAGACAUGAUCCACCUGAAGAGAGAGGAGAGAGACAAAGGCCUGCUCAAGGUCAUCAAAGAUGAGAAGCUGUCGUUUGAGGGAUGGUUCCAGGACUUGCAGGUGUCUGUCAACGAGUGCUUUGAGAACCCUGAGAGCAGAACAGAUGUUGAAACAUCUCUGCAGAGACUCACUGCUUUCUUAAAACCAAAGGAUGCAGAGAGACGUCUGGAGCAGCUGAGAGAUCAGCUGGAGAGAGGCGGCCAGCAGGUUCCUCCUCAGCAGCUCUCCGAGUUCAACGACUGGCUGAAGGAGCAGCAGGAGGAGGUGGGAACGUUCAGAACUCACUGCCUCAACAGGCAGAAACAACUGGAGUCUAUCCUCAGUAACUUGAACAGUCUGCAGAAGCAACACGACAGCUUCCGCGACUGGCUGCAAACCAAAGAGAAACAGUCUGUGGAGUCGGACAAAGUCAGACUUCUUCUCAAAGACCUUCAGGAUGAGAGUGGUAGUGGUCGAGCUGAGACCCUCAGUGAGGUGUUAGCAUCAGUACGCAGACAAGGUGUCAGAGCUGAAAGCCUCCUGAAGGACGGAGAUAACCUGAUACAGCGCUACAGAAACCUGGAGGCCCGACUGCAGAAGCAGGCGGACGCCCAGACCGCCCUGCAGGGGAAAUGUGACGAGUUGAAUACUCAGGCUGAGAGCACCAGGACCUGGAUAAGUGGACUUCUGCAACCUCUCACCUCCCCUGGCACAGACACCCAGACAGAGGAGAUGAAGAAGAAAGCACAGGCCGUCCUGAGCUCCAAACCUGAGGGCGACUCUAAAGUGAGCAGCCUGAGAAGACAAAGUGACUCUCUGUGUGAGCAGGAGGACCUGGAGGAGGGCAAGAAGCAGGAGGUUCAGCACUCAGUCAGAGAGACAGAGGAGCAGUGGAGGACGGCGCUGCAGACGGCUGAGGAGGUUCUCAACAAGGCGGUAACACGAGUCCAGUUAGAAAAGGACUUUGACGCUUUCAAAACCCAGAAGGAAAAUAUUCAGUCCUGGAUCAGAGACCAGGAGCAGAACCUGCAGUCCCUCAGCGGGUGCAUGCAGGUGGAAGAAAAGCCAAAGAUUGCACAAGCCACUCUGAGCUCAAAGCCUGAUGGAGAUUCAAAGAUCAAGGACCUGAAGCAACAGUGUCAGAGUCUGUGCAGCAACCAGAGCCUGGACGAGAACCAGAGACGAGAGGUUCAGGAUGCAGUCAGACACACCGAGGAGCAGUGGAGGAAAGUCCUGCAGGAGGCUGAGACGGCUCUCAACAAGGCUCACACUGACGCUGCCACUGAGAAGGACGUGACAGCUUUCAGAGCCCAAAAUGAAACCGCCCAGUCCUGGAUCAGAGAGCAGAAGCAGAAGCUGAUGUCACCAGGUGGUCAUGUUCAGCCUGAAGAGAGGUUACAGGUCGCACAGGCUCUUAUCACCUCCAAACCUGAGGGAGAGUCGAAGGUGCUCGACCUGAAGAGACGAGCUGAAGGUCUGUGUGAGCGUCUGGAGGAGAGCAGGAAGUCAGAGGUUCAGCAGCUGGUGAAAGACUCAGAGCAGCAGUGGCAAAAUGUUCUGCUGGCAGCCCGGCAGGCCGAGGUCCGAGCUCUUUCAGACGACUUCGACACUCAGAGUAAAGAGACUCACUCGUGGAUCAGAGACCGACAGCAGAAGCUUCAAUCUGUGGGCGCUCACACACCUCCAGAGGAGAGAAGUCAAACAGUUCAGACAAUCUCGAGCUGCAGACCUGAAGGUGACUGUAAGGUGAACAACCUGAGGAGGCGAGGACAGACUCUGUGUGACCAUCCUGACGCAGGCACGGCCAGGAGGAGUCACGUCGAGCAGACGGUCAGAGACACGGAGGAGCAGUGGAGGACGCUCCUGCAGGCCGCCAAAGAGGUGGAGGCUGCUGCAGGAGCUGAGCUCACCCAGAGGGCUGAGAGGAGACAGUCAGAGCUGAAAGAGUUUGAUACCCGUCAGCAGGACACCAGCCGCUGGCUUCAGGACCUCCAGCAACGAGUGGACUCACUGAACAAGCAAACCAAACCUGAGGACAGACUGCAGUCAGCGCGGGCCAUUAUGAGUGCCAAGCCUGAAGGAGACUCCAGGCUCCAGGAGCUGAAGAGACGAGGCCAGAGUUUGUGUGGUCAGGACCUCGAGGAACACAAAAAACAAGAGCUUCAGAAGAAAGUACGAGGCGCUGAGGAGCAGUGGACCAGAGUGAUGAAGGAUGCUAAGCGAGCACUCGAUCAGGCUGAGAGGCAGCGUGCUCUGGACGACCAGCUGACGGGCUUUACAGAGCUGAGCCAAAACACCAAAUCCUGGCUGGAAGACAAAAAGCAGAGCCUCGUCUCUCUGAGCGCUCAGACAGAUCCAGAGAAGACAAUCAGCACUGCACAGACCAUCCUGAGCUGUAAACCUGAAGGAGACUCCAAGCUGACAGAACUGAGGAGACAGAGUCAGAGUCUGUCCGACCAGGAGGACCUGCAGGAGGACGCUAGACGAGAGGCUCAGCAGACUGUAAAAGAUUCAGAGGAGCAGUGGAGGACAGUCCUGCAGGCCGCUGAGGACACCCUGAAGAAAGCUGAGGUCCAGUACUCGCUCUCCAGGGAGCUGGAGGCCUUCCACACCCAAGCAGGGAGCACCAAAACCUGGGUCAAGGAGCUGCAGCAACAGGCCGAGGCCAAAGGGAGCAGCACUGAGGGCAGCCGGGCUCAGAUAGAGGACAGGCUCAGCACAGCACAGUCCAUCUUGAACUCCAAGGCCAGCGGUGAGGCUCAAGUGACAGAGCUGAAGAAACGAGCACAGAGUCUGUGUGAGCAGAAAGACCUGGAGGGAGACAAGAAGCAGGAGGUCCAGCAGACGGUCAGAGACACUGAGCAGCAGUGGAGGACGCUCCUGCAGGCUGCCGAGGACACACAGAGACAGUUGCAGGGUGUCGUGAAGCUUCUGCUGUCCUGUCAGAAGCAGCGAGACCAGGCUGAGGCGCGUCUGUCCGAGCUUCAGAGGCAGACGUCCGACCUGCCGCGUGUCUUCCCCUGGCCGGGUCUGGGGGAGCGGAGGCAGGCGGUGGAGCGGGCCCGGACCCUGCUGGACCAGAGCACAGCUUUGGCCCCCGUCCUCUCAGACGUCCGCACGCAGGCUGCAAAGCUGUUUGAGACCACAAAGGACCCCGGCUGGUCAGAUCCCUCCUGGACAGCAAAGGAAGAGUCCAUUCCUGCCAUGCUCAAACAGCUGACUGAUGCGGUAACUGACCUGGAGGAGGGCAUCAUGACGGAGCGGCAGUGCACCCAGCUGGUGGAGCAGCACGAAGCAGCCCAGGACUGGCUGAGGGAGCAGGUCAAAGGCCUGGGAGCUCCUCCAGCAGACAGACAGGGUCUGCACAGCUCCGUCAACACUCUGAAGGCUUUGCUCCAGACGGUGUACAGGGAGCAGAGGGAGAUGAAGGAGCUGGACUCUGCCAGGGAUAAACUGCUGAGCCUCUGCACCCCCGGAGGUCGUGAUUCUCUGACCCUGGAGAUCGGCCAUCUCCAUGACCUCUGUGCCACCUCUGAGCAGGAGGUGAAGGAGCAGCUGACGGCCUGCGGGACUCGGCUGGGGGAGCUGGACAGUCAGCUGGCCAAGAAGGCCCAGGGGCUGAAGGACCGAGCUGCAGCACUGCAGUGGGAGCUCCGCUCUCUGGACCAGGCGCUCAGUUACAGCGAGCCACAGAACAACAUCGAUCAGCUCCAGCAGCACUAUCACAGCCUCCAGAACUGUGAGAAGUCACUCGAAGAUUUGGGUGUCAAAGUUAGUGACCUUUACCAGGAAGUAAAGUCUACACCUGCCACCGACGAGCUGCCCACAGAAAUAAUCACUGUGGUGGAGUCUCUGUCCCAGCAACACGACAGUCUGAAAUCCAGGCUGAGUGAGCAUCAGAGUACCUGCUCUACAAACACCACUCGCUGUCUGAUGGACAGCCUUCACGCCCUGCAGGAAUGGAACCAAAGCAAACCAUCAGAGUCCAAGUCUUCUGUGCAGGUGACUUUAGAAGAGGGUGAAAAGCUGCAGGUCAACCUGCGGGAGGCGCUGUCUCACCAGAAGUUUCUAACAGACUGUUUGAUGCCAGUCCUGUUUAAGAAACUGGAGAGGGAGGGUUCAGAGGCACUCAGAGAGGCAGAUGCACAAAAGGCUUCUCUCAACCAGAGCUUAAAGAAACUUGAUGGACGGAGUAAACAAAAGCUGCCUGAGGUCCCCCAUGGUAAACUAGAGGAGUCGAUGACAUCUGUAGUAGCACCGCCACGAAAAAACAAGCGCUCACCUGAGAAAAAAGUGGUUGAACUGCAGAAAAGCAUUCCCUUAACAGAUAAAGGUGAUGAAAUGACAAUGUCAGCUGAGCUGCAAACUGAGGAUAAAACAUUUAAACCUACUAUGCCAGCAACCAUGGAGGUCACAAAAACUACUAGUGUGGAGCAAACAAGAAUUGAAAUAACCCAAUUAAAACCUCAGCGUACAACCAGAGCUUCAGAACCGCACACAGCACAAUCUUCCGACACAGAGAUGCAGCCUAAAGCUGUACAGCAAGAUAUCACUGCUGAGCCUGUUGUGAAACCUGCUGCUGGGGAACCUGUACUGAUCCAAAAGGUCAUAGAGCAGUCUGCAUCUGGUGUGGAGAAAACUACACCUGUAGCAUCCAGGAGAAAGUCCAAGACUUUGGCUGUGGAUACAGAGCCCGCCAAAACCAAGUUGGAGCCUGAAGUUGUGAAAACUAUUAUCACUCAAGUGUCACCCAGUACAGGAACUGCUACUGUGGGAGAAAUAAGGAAUAUAGAAACCAUUACACCUGGUGUUUCAGAGCCAUUCAUUACAGAACAAGCAGAGAUCGUUGUUUUGAAAGACACGAAGCUCACACCUACCGGCAGGAAGUCAAAGGAAGGUCCCGACAGUCAGAAGCCAACCAAAAUCACUGAAACUACUGUUGCGGAAAAAGCUAAGCUUUCACCAACUAAGAAAAAAUCAAAGGGUCUGAAAAUCUCCCCAGAACUUACUACAGAGGAUGUGACUCCAUCCAGGAGAAAGUCAAAGGAAGGGACACAGGGUCAGAAGCCAAGUGAGAUUGCUGAACCUGUUUUGGAAAAAAGUGAUCUUUAUAAGGGUCUGAAACUUUCCCCAGAAUCUACAACUGCAGAGCUGGCAAAGAGCAGGGAAGAGCCUGACAGUCAGAAGCCACCUUCAGCUCCAGAGCUGGUCACUAUAACAACUGAAAUUAGUGUUGUAGAAAAAAGUGAUCUUUCACCAACCAAAAGAAAGUCAAAGGGUCUGAAACUCUCUUCAGAACUAUCUACAGAGGAUGUGACUGAGACCAUGAAAGAGCCUGACAGACAGAAGUCUUCAGAGCAAACUGAAGUUGCUGUUUUGGAAGAAAUUAAGGUUGUACCAUCCAGGAGAAAGUCAAAGGAAGGCCCACAGGAUCAGAAGCCAUCAGAGCAAACUGAAGCUGCUGUUUUGGAAAAAGGUGAUCUUUCACCAACCAAAAGGAAGUCAAAGGGCCUGAAGCCUUUCUUGGAAAUUGGCUCCACCGAGCUGACAAAGACCACAGAAGAACUUUACAGUCAGAAGCCAUCUUCAGCUCCAGGUGGAGUCACAGGACCAACUGAAAUUAUUGCUGCGGAAAAGGGAAAGCUUUCACCAACAACAAGACAGUCGAAAGGUUUGAAACUUUCCCCAGAAGCUGUUACCACUGAGCUGGCACAGACCAAGGAAGAGCCUGAGAGUCAGAAGCCUCCACUGAGUUCAAGAGUGCAAACUGAAAUGGUUGUUGAUGAAGAAACAAAAAUAGCAACCAUUAUUCUCGAUGUUUCUGAACCAUUGACUACAGAACAAACUGAGACUGUUGUUCUGAAAGAAACAAAGUUCAUCCCAACCAGGAGGAAGACAAAGGAAGACCCUGACAGUCAAAAGCAAACUGAAACUACGGGCACUACUGUUAUGGAAAAAGGUGAUCUUUCACCAACCAAAAGGAAGUCAAAGGGCCUGAAGCCUUUCUUGGAAAUUGGCUCCACCGAGUUGACAAAGACCAAAGAAGAGCUUUACAGUCAGAAGCCAUCUUCAGCUCCAGGUGGAGUCACAGGACCAACUGAAAUUAUUGCUGCGGAAAAGGGAAAGCUUUCACCAACAACAAGACAGUCGAAAGGUUUGAAACUUUACCCGGAAGCUGUUACCACUGAGCUGGCACAGACCAAGGAAGAGCCUGAGAGUCAGAAGCCUCCACUGAGUUCAAGAGUGCAAACUGAAAUGGUUGUUGAUGAAGAAACAAAAAUAGCAACCAUUAUUCUCGAUGUUUCUGAACCAUUGACUACAGAACAAACUGAGACUGUUGUUCUGAAAGAAACAAAGUUCAUCCCAACCAGGAGGAAGACAAAGGAAGACCCUGACAGUCAAAAGCAAACUGAAGUUGCAGGUGCUACUGUUUUGGAAAAAGGUGAUCUUUCACCAACCAAAAGAAAGUCAAAGGGCCUGAAACUCUCCCCAGAGUCUGCUACCACAGAGCUGACACAGACCAAGGAAGAGCCUGAGAGUCAGAAGCAUUCGUUGAAUUCAAGAGUGCAAACUGGACCUAUUGCUGUUGAAGAAACAAAGAAUAUUGCAACAAUCAUUCUAGAUGUUUCAGAGCCUACAGAAAAAACUGAAACUAUUGUUUUGAAAGAAACAGAGCUCAUCCCAACCAGACCAAAGUCAAAGGAAGAUUCUGACAGUCAAAAACCAACUGAAAUUAAGGAAACUACUGUUUUGGAGAAAGGUAAGCUUUCCCCGACCAAAAGACAGUCAAAGGCUCUGAAACUCUCCCCAGAACUUGCUGUCGUGCAAGAAACUAAGACUAUACUAACCAGGAAGAAGUCAAAGGAAAGCCCUGAUGGUCAGAAGCCAACUAAAAUUACUGAAACUACUGUUUUGGAAAAAGGUGAUUUUUUCCCAAAGCUUGGUACCACAGACCUGACAGAAACCAAGGAAGAGACUGAGAGUCAAAAGCCACCUUCAACCCCUGGCAUGACCACAGGACCAACUGAAAGCACUGGUGUGGACAAAGGAAAGCUUUCACCAACCAAAAGAAAAUCAAAGGGUUUGAAAGUUGCCCCAGAACUUGCUACCACAGAGCUGAAACAGACCAAGGAUGAGCCUGACGGUCAGAAUCUUUCAUUGAGCUCAAAAGUGCCAACUGAAACUGGUGUUGUUGAAGAAACAAAGAAUAUAGCAACCAUUAUUCUAGAUAUUCCAGAGCCAUUCACAUCUGUCCCUGUUAAAACUGAUCCUGAAGCUCUACCAACUGAGAAAAAGUCAAUGAGCCUUGAGGUUUCCACAGUUCCAGAGUCACUAUCUUCCCUUGGAAGAACUACUGGUGUGGAGUCGAGGGAAACAAAACAAGGACCUGAAAAUGAUCCUGCAGUCCCAGAAUUUGUGCAAAGGCAAGCUGAAACUGCUAUUGUGCAACAAACUAAGAUUCUACCACCCAAGAGAAAGUCAAAGAGUGCAGAAUUACCUCUUAAACAUGCAGACACUGAUGAGCCUCAGACAAGGGAAGGGCCUGAAGGUCAGAAAUUUUCUUUCAGUUCCAAUGACCAAAAUCCAAGUGUUGUUAUUGAAGAGUCAAAGCGUGUACCAACUAGAAGAAAAUCAAAAAGUGGUAAUAUUUCCACAACUUCUGAGACAGUUACCCAAGAUAGAUCACUUGAUGUGGAGCCUGAUCAAAAAAACAAAGAGUCUAAGAGAAAGUCAUCAACUCCAGAGGAGGUCACUGCAACAACUGAAAUUACUGUUGAAAAGAGUGUGCUUUCACUGACAGAAAGAAAGGGUCUGAAAUUUUCCCCAGAAUCUGCAACUGCAGAGCUGGCAAAGAGCAGGAAAGAGCCUGACAGUCAGAAGUCGUCUUCAGCUCCAGAGAUGGUCACAACAUCACCUCAAACUACCAUUGCGGAAAAGGACACACUUUCACCAACCCAAAGAGUGUCAAAGGGUGUUAGAGCACCCUCCGAAUUACCUACUACAAAGUUAACAAAGACCAAGGAAGACCCUGACAGUCAAAAGCCAUCUUCAGCUCCAGAGCUGGUCACCAUAACAACUGAAAUUAGUACUGUUGAAAAAAGUGUGCUUUCACCAACCAAAAGAAAGUCAAAAGGUCUGAAACUUUCCCCAGAACCUGCAACUGCGGAGCUGGCAAAGGGCAGGGAAGAGCCUGACAGUCAGAAACCAUCUUCAGUUCCAGAGGUGGUCACAACAGCAUCUGAAGCUACAGCUGUAGAACAGGGUAUACUUUCACCAACCAAAAGAAAGUCAAAAGGUCUGAAACUUUCCCCAGAACCUGCAACUGCGGAGCUGGCAAAGGGCAGGGAAGAGCCUGACAGUCAGAAACCAUCUUCAGCUCCCGAGGUGGUCACAACAACAUCUCAGACUAUGGUUGUUGAAAAGAGUACACUUUUACCAACUAAAAGAGAGUCAUGUGAAGUGCCUCAAACACAGCCACCUCUCGCCAUCAAACCCACUGACACACCAAAUUUGGCAGAUUAUAUUAAAAAUUUAUGGAAAAACACAGAUGAGAAUGAGAAGAGAUACAUAGUUCUCAAUCUGCCUGAUACAGGAGUCACCCAGACAGGCAAGAUAAAGCCACAUCAGCCUGAGGCAGAUACUGUGGUUGACAGUGACUCAACUCCACCUACAUCUACUGUGUUUGCUGUGGCAGAGGCAGAGUUUUCGGGAAUAAGCUCAACUGAGCAAGACAAACCACUUGAAACUACGAGUCAGCUGAAACCCCCGGAGACCACAAAGGAAAGACCCAAAGAGUACAGGGAACUUGGUGUUAAAGAUGAGCAUGCUAAAUUAUCACCAGAACCACAAAGCAAAGACACGACUAGCACUGAUAUUCAGAAAGAGAAGGCUGCAGUUAAGUUGACCAGGGUAGAAGUGCAAGAAAGCAUGAGUAAAUGUCAGGACAGUGUGGCUAAAGGUGACUCCAAACAACCCACCUCUGCUGUUGUUACAGCAGUGCAGCCAAGUGAAGCAGAGACAGUUUUACAAAUAAGCUCAUCUAAACAAGACACAGUAACAACAAGCCAAAAGUUGGAGGUCUUGAGUACUACACAGGAAAGACCCACAGAUUUCAAGGAGUAUGAUGCCCCGGUCAAGCAUGGUAAAGUGUUGACACAUGAUGUGCAUGAUGAACCCAAGAGCCUAGAUGAAAAGUCUGUUAAGAAAAUCCAUUUGGGGCCUGAAGUGUGUGUUCUAGAGAUAGACAUACAGACCAGGCCAGAUAAGGAAAACACAUCUGUCUUAAGAGCAAAAGGACUAGAUAUUGUUCAGACAAGUAUCCAGAGGGAAGGGGAGCCACAGAACAAAGAUAUGAGUUCUGCUGAAUUUAAGCCAGAGGAGGGUGCAGUUAAGAUGACCACAACAGAAGUCCGAGAGAGCAGCACUGAUGGGCAAGAUAAUAUGGCUCCAAGAGACUCUGCCCAACCCCCUACUGCUUCUAAAGCAUUGCCCGUAGAUGAAGAAGGGACAGAAUGUAUAGAAAUAUGCUUCUCUGAACAAGAUCUGGUGAAGCCAAGCCAAACUGAAAUUCAAAAAGGCCUUUUAAAAACCACACAGAAGGAACACAAAGUGGUCAAGGAACAUGGUGUCCAAGAACAGAAACUGGACAGUGUACCCAAGAGCUUGGAUGAAAAAUCAGUUUCAAUGGAGAAAAUCCAUAUGGGGCCUGAAGUACGCAUCCUAAAGGCAGAUACAACAACCAGUCUGGGGGAUGAUAAAAACACAUCCGUCACAAAAGAGCCAAGGGUAGAUGUUGGACUGACGAGCAUCCAGGGUGACAGAGUGCCAGAAAACAAAGGCAUUCCUCCUGCUGAUGGUAGACCAGAGAGAGCUGCAGCUGAAAAGGUGAAGGUACAAGAAAGCAGUACUAAAGGUCAAGACAAAGUGCCUCAAAUGGGCUCUGCUAAACCAACAUCUCCUGUUUCUGAGACAUUGCAACCACAUGUGACAGAGACAGAAUUCAUAGAAAUAAAUUUAUAUGAGCAAGACAUCCUAAAACCAAGCCAAACUGAAACUAAGACGGAGCUCUUGAAAAGCACACAGGGUAAACCUACAGAGGUCAAGGAACAUGGGCUCCGAGAUGAGCAUCCUAAAGUGCCAACACACGGUGUGCAAGGUGUACCCAAACACAUGGAUGAAAAGUCUGUUAAGACAGAGAGAAUCCCAAAACCAGAUACACAGGCCACUGUAAAGGAGCAUGAAAUAAUAUCUGUUGAAAUAUCAAAGGCCCCAACAGUUGAUGUAGACCAAACAAGUAUCCCCUGCGAAAAAGUUCCAGAAACCAAAGACCUGACUUCAGCUGCUGUUCAGCCAGAGAAGGAUAAAGUCAAGAUGACCAUGGUCGAAGUAAAGACGAAGGAACUUGAUCACCAGGAACAACAUCCCACUGUGUCGACACAUGAUGUGGAUGGUGCAACUAAGAGUGUGGAACGAAAGUCAAUCACAAUGGAAAAAAUAAUCAAGGGGGCUGAUGAGGGUGCUUUACAACAGAAUAUACCUGUGGUUCAAGUGGAGGAGGAAAACAUCUCUGUCGUGUUGACAAAGAAGCCUCGGAAAGUUGAGGUUCAGACUAGUAUACAGGGUGAAAAAGUUCCCGAAAUUAAAGAUAAGACUUCAGCAGAUGUUCACCCCAAGAAGGCUGCAGGUGAAACAAGAGCAGAAGUGCAAGAAAUCAAAACGGAAAGGCAAGAGAUUGUGACUGAAGGUGACUCUACUUCUCUGCUGACCUCUGCUAUUCUUGCAGCUGCCCAGCCACGUGAUCCAGGGAGAGAAUUUGUAACUAUAAGUUUAUCUGAACAAGCUCAGUCAAAACCAAGCCAAACUGGGACUCAACUAGAACUCACCAAAACCACACAGGACAGACCCGAGGAGGUCAAGGAGCCGCUUGUCCAUGGAUUACCCAAAAGCCUGGAGCAAAAGUCUGUUGACAUGGAGGAAAUCCAACAGACUCUACAUGAAUACAAAACUGACACAACAGAAAAGGAGCCAAGGAUGGAGUCAAGUAUCCAGUUCGAGACAGUUAAACAAAGCAAGGAUGUGGCUGCCACUGACGUUCAGCCCAAGUCUACAGUUAAAAUAACCAGAGUAGAAAUGCAAGAACGCUUUGCUGAAUCGUUGUCUGAACCCAGCGUGGUCCCUAAAACCCAAACAGAGAAAAGUGCAUUAGAUGCAGUGAAGAAGGAAGAAGACCAGAAAAGCGGGAAGAAGAGGACAAUUCAGGAAAAGGAAAAGGAGACAAUGGUUAAAGUAGAAAUACAAACCGUUCCACUUCCAGCAGCAACGACUACCACCACGGGAGUGAGGCUUCAGAGUGCAGAUUCACCACAGGUGUACAAAGGUGACAAGACAUCACCGAAACCUUCAAUACUCAAGAAAUCGUCAGCUAGCAGUACCUGGGGUGAGGUAACCUGGGUGGAAGGAUUUCCCUCUCAGGAGGACAAAGCUCAAGCCGGAGCGGCUGUUGUGAAGACUGAGAAACUUGUUUUGGAGGAGCCAGAGGAAUCUGAAAUGGGGGGCAUCUUCACAGUAGUACAGCUACUCAUAGGCACAGGACCCAACAGUCAACUCAAUGAGGGUAAACUGCUGGAGGAUACUCCAGAAGCUCUGAUCAAAUCCACCAGUGAUCCGGACAUCUGUCUAAGCAGGCUGGUGUCUAAAGUCCUGAGCUGCAAGAACCACCCAGCUGAACUCAACCCUACAGCCAUGGCCAAGCAGCUGGAGGACGCUCAGGAGUGCCAAGAGACUGCCCAGGCACAGAUGUCAUUGCUCUCUCAGAUGAAAGAAGCUGAUGCUGAGAACAGGGAUGCUCUGGAGCUUGCAGAGGACCAGUGGUAUACUGUAGUUCAGGAUGCAGCUGCUGUCGUCCAGAGUAAAGAGGCCCAGGUGCAGGCAGUGACUGAUUACUGCAGACAGACUGAAGCAGCCAAGAACACACUGGAGAAACUGACAGCAGAACUGGAUGCUGUUAGAAAGUCCCCAGAGGAGAGCAGCUCCAAGGUGGCAGCGCGACUAUCGUCAUUGCAGAGAAGUAUGGAGAAGAAAAGAACAGUUCUUGGGAAGAUGCUCGUGAGUCAUACCAAGUUAUGCCCACUCCUUAGCCGAUCAGAGCGAGCAACUGCACAGACUGAGCAGAAUAACCUCCAGGGGAAGUGGAGACACCUGGAAAGAGAUGUAGAGAGGACCUUAUAUCACACAAAUGCUCAUUCUCAAGAAACCAGCAGCCUUAUGUCUUCGAUAUCAAGUCUUCAGAAACAAUUGGAAACAAUCAGCAAAGACCUUGAAGCCAAGUCUCCUUCAGCUACUCCUUGGACUUGCAAGAAGGCACAGGAGCUGAUGGUGGCAAAUGCUGAGGUUAAAGCUGCCCAGCAAAAACACCUUCAUUUGCAGCACCUGGCUGAUGCUUUACUCCCCAGCUCACAGUGGGAGAAUGAAACAAAAGAGAUACAGCAGGGGCUUUUGAGGGUCAAAGACCAACUUUGUCACACAGAGAAACUGGUGUCUUCUCACGCUCAGAGCAGCAGCAACCCCAUCAUGGAGAAAAUCAUUGUGGUGAUGAGGGACGGCCUUGCCUGGGCAAAGCAGACAGAGAGUGACAUUGAGGGCAGGAGGAAGAGGGUUGCUCUCCUCCCUGAGGAGGUGCACCGGCAGCUCAGAGAUCUGAGGGAGUUGCAGUCUGAGGUCAUGGCCAAGCAGGGCCAGCUGGAGACACUGGUGGAGGAGGUGACAGAGCUCCUUCCACAGCUGGACCAGACUGAGGAGGUGCCCAUGGUGCGCUCUUCUCUGGAGUCCCUGGAAGAACUCUCUCAUUCGACCACUGAGAAGCUAGCAAAGGCUGUGAGAGAGACCGAGUCAGGACUGCAGACCAGAGAAAAGCUGUCAGAGCAGAUAGCUGACCUGGACUCCUGGGUUAUAGCUCAUCUGCACAGAGAGGCCUCCAGGUGUCCAGACUAUGAGUUCAGGAGCCCUACUGAACUUGAUCGCAGGGUUCGUCAGAUCCAAGAAACCCUGGCUGAGGCAGAGAAACAGGCUGCUGUCUGUGAGGCUCUUUUAAUGAAGAGUAAAGACAUUGCCGCUGAACUUAGUGUCACAGAGAACUGUUUGCUUUUUGACAAGCUCACCAACCUUCAGGAAGACAUCCAAGCUAUCAGCAGCUAUGAGCAGGCAAACAAACAGGACCUGGAGGAACUCACCAAGACUGUAGAUUCAAGUCAGAAAAACCUGGUUACAAUAGAAAAAAGUCUCAGGCAGAUGUUAAUAGAUCUGAGUAGACACAGGUACCCCAUCACAAAAGAGUCCCUGCAAGCUCUGGAGCCUUACAAACACAUGAUUUUGGAGCACAAGUCCCAGGUUGACCUUCUGUUACCAUGGAUUCCCCAGGAAAAGACAAGGGAAAUGUACUCUGUCAUUUCUGAACUUCACGGCAAAAUGGCCACCCUGGAAAUUAAAUCCAGAGAUCACGAGAGGUACCUGUACUUGAGGCAGUGUGUGGAGGACCUCAGGGAGAACAUACAGGACCAAGUCCCUGAGACCAAGGAAGACAGCAGGGAUCUGCAGGAGAAGUACAAACUUUGUCAGAACCUCCUCAUCCAAUUUCCUCUGAUAAAGUAUUUGUCUGCGGAGGCUCACUCCAAACUCCAGAUGAUCUCUGCUGACCUUUACCCCUCACAGCUGUCUGCAGAGCAACAGAGGCUGAGACAAAACGAGGAGAGCCUUAAUGUCUUGGAGAUGACACUCAACAACAACCUCAGCAUCAUAGAGAGGACCGUGCUGAAGGAUCGAGAUUUUGAAUCAGAGAAGGAAGCCAGUCAGUCCUUCCUUAAGAAGAUCCAGGAGGUGCUCAAGAAAGUCCCCAUGGUCGAGCCAAACGAAAGAGCAAUUAAAAACUUGUACAGAAGAAUCAUGUCUUUGAGAAAGAGUGUAGAGUCAAAAAUGAGAGAACUGGAGGUUCUGCAGCAAAAGAAGGGAACCAGACGAGGAAGUGCAUCUCAAAAUCUGAUGGACCUGAAGAAUGCAAUCAUCCGUGAAUGUGACUCACAAAUGGAGAACAUCUCUCAGGCCAGCGAGUCUUUUAGAAGCUACACAUUUUCUGUCAGUCAAGCGGUCCAAUACCUGAGGGACAUCGAGAUCGCUCUGCUGCCCCCGCAAGGCUCUGCUGGACUCUGCUCUGACAGGCUGGAGGAGACCCAGCAGGCGUUGGCCUUGCUGCAGCAGCAGUUCCAGGCCCAUGUGGAGCAGCUCCAGAGCCAGGCCGCCCUGCAUCCUUACCUGUCCCCGCAGAAGGUGGAGCAGCUCCAGGAGAAUGUUCUGAGCCAGCUCCUGGUGAGGAUGUCCACCCUCCAGGCAAAGGGCCACGUACGGCUGGAGUGUCUCAGCAGGUGUGCAGAAAAUCACAAAAGAUUCAUCAAGUGCAAGGAGGAAAUCAUCCUGAGUGUGAAGAGUGCAGAGAGCAGCCUCCUACAGGUCAUCCGUCAAAAGGUCACCUGUCUCGCUGACUGCACCGACCAGCACGACAAGCUCCGAGCUCUGUCUGAGGAGGUGGAGUCUCUGCAGUGGCGUCUAGAGGAGCUGAAGGAGUGGUGCCCAGAGCAGAGCUGCUGUGGAGGCAGGGUGGCCGCCAUGACUGCACUCUCCAAACGGAUAUCCAGAUUACUCCGCUGCACACGAGAGCUGACAACUCGUAGUAAAGACAGGAUUGCAGAAUGGAGUGAAAUCACCAGCAGUGUGGAGAAGGCCUCCGUUGUCCUGGAGCAGGUAAAGGCGGAGCUUCCUAGCAGCACUGGGUUAAAGGCCACCACUGAGGAGCUUCACGACCUGCUGCAGUCCUGGGAACAGUACCAGGACAGACUGGACUGCGAACAUCGAGCCCUGUCCGCACUGGAGCUGCGCACCGCCAGGCUACAGGGCGUCUCCGCCGACCUGGAGCAGGCUCCUCCCACUCCGCUCUGUCAGAGGCUGCAGGCGAUGCAGGCUCGAUAUUGCAGUGUGAAGCAGAAGAGCGGGGAGGGUUUGGAGGCGACCAGGAUGGAGCUGGAGGAGAGAGAAAAGGUCCGGGAGGAGCUGCAGGGCACUCGGGUCUGGUUGGAGGCUGCGGAUGGUCUUCUGUUAGAGAUGGAGCAGAGCGGCAGCACGAAGGAGCUUCAGGAGGUUCACGGUCAGCUGUGUACCCAGAAGGCUUUGGUCCAGCGCAUCAUGGAGAGCCUGAAGAUGAAGUACUCAGACAUGUACUCUCUGGUCCCCGUCGAGCUCGAAGGGCAGCUGAAGGAGGUCAAAGAGUCAAUGCAACAAGUAGAAGUGAAGGUUGGAAAGGUGGUGGAGAGGAGCGGUCCGGUCCACAGGCUGGGGGCGAAGCUGUCUGAGAUCCAGGCUGGCCUGAGGUCAGUUCAGAAAAGACUUGAACAGAGAAGCCCCGGUGUCGCUCACGCAAAGAUCACUCAGAAGCGCGUGUGGGACGAGCUGGACGUGUGGCACUCGUGUCUCGCGGCGCUGGAAGUGGCCAUGCAGGACUUGGAGAACCCGGAGGAGGCGCUGAGCCUCACUGAGCGACUGGUGGAGGUGCAGCAGCUUCACUCACAGCUGGCCAAACAGGCGGAGCAGAGGACCACCGUCAUCAGCAAGAUUCAAACGUGGCUUCAGGAGCAUCAGGAGAUGAUCAAAAGCUCUAAAAGCUGGAGGAACGAGGCUGAGUCGUGGCUCGCCGCCCCCUGUACCUACACCACGGCUAAAUGUCUGAGCAGUCACGUUCAGGCUCUGCAGACGGUGCUGGAUGACUCGGCUCAGAUCCGGUCCACCCUGCAGGGCUUCAGCUCAGUCCUGAAGGAAAUGUCGCAGGUGUGUGACAUCACAGCUCUCCAGGAACAGCUGAUCGAAGCCGAUCACCAGGUGGCCGACGUUCAAGACAACUUCACUGCUCCUCUGUCUCAACUGGAGCACGCUGCUGCUGAGGUGGAAGCCAUCGAGAGUGAAGUCAGGCGGAUGGAGAGUGACGUGGCUGAGAUCAAGACCUUGUUAUCGUCUCCAGAGACUUUGCCCAGCCCCAGAGAAGAUAGCCUGAAGACUGUUGAGCAGAAGAUCCAGUCCAUGAGGAGAACUGUAGCGGAGAUCCAGAAGUGUAAACCAGGUCUUUGUCUUCCGGACAAAGCUGAAGAGACUCUGACUGUCUUUACUGUCGUGGACCAGCUCCAGACUCUGCUGCUGGAACUGGAGAAGAAGGUUCCUGCUCUGUUCAUCCAGCAACCUCCGACUCCGGUCCAAGCCAAAGCUCCGUCAGUUCAGCAGACGAGCUCUCAGCCUCAACUCCCGAAAUCCACCUCAGUGGAGGCUGAGAAGGCUGAAACGGAGCAGGGCCAAAUCAGAAUCGCCCGUGUUGAAGCAGACGUACUGAGGAGAUCCGGAGCCAAGCUGCUGACUGUGGAGCAGUCCACACCUGAACAGAGGAAGUCCUGGACACCUGACAGCGCUCAGCAGCGGGAGCAUCAAGGCGUGCUCCAGGCUGAAGAAGCCGCAGAGAAAAAAGGGAAUGAGGAGCACAGAAUGGAAGAAGGUGGAGGAGGUGUUUUUUGGUGGCUCUGGGAUACUUUCCUGGGCUCUUCUCCAGAGGACCCCAUGGUGGCUGUUCCAUUAGAGACUGAGGCUGCCGGUGGUCAAAGCUCUGAACAGACUGGAGAAGAUAAACUGGAUGUUGAGGGCCCCACUGACACCACAGAAGCAAGUUCAUCUGAAGCUUUAUCAAAACCGCUGGGCACUGUCAGAACUCAGUCCCUGCCUCAGAGCAUGGUAAACACUGCCUCCACCGUAAAAUUCUCCAAAUCCGACCCUGGAGCCCAGCAGAAAUGUGUAGUCUCCAGUUACAGCUACAGAGACAGCUCAGCUCCCUCCUCCCUCCCUCCAUGCUCUGUGUCUGUGACCCUGGAGCACAGAGGUUCAGCCGGGUGUGUUGUGUUUGUGUCCCAGGCCCCGGAGGAGCCUCGCUCAGCUGGGUCCCGGCCCAGUGACGGUGUCCUCCAUGUGUGCCUGGAGAGGGUCGGCCAGCUGGAGCUGUGGCUGCAGAAAGCCCAGAGGAGCCUGGUAGCUGCCGGAGCUGCCGCUUCAGAGACCAUGCAGGACAGCGUGGAGCAGCAACUGCUCACCUGCCAGGAGAUGUUCCAGGAGAUCGAGCAGAAGGUCGCCGGUCUGUCGGCUCUCGGCCUGGCAGCCGCCGCCGACCUGCAGUCGGAUGAACUGGGAGCUGUGGCAUCCCAGCAGGAAGCUGCCGAGCUGCUCUCAUCCAAACUGGAGCUCCUGAAGGCCAACCUGGUCCGCUUCCAGCAGCUGCUGCAGGACCGACAGGGGGAGGAGAGAGGCGUCACACACCGAGAGCCUCAGGAACAGGUACGAACCGUCUGCAUCUCCAGAGAUUCAACGACACAGGAAACAAUAAUCUUUCUGCUUUCUUAUGGUCCAUCUCAUCUCUCUGACUUUCUCUCUCAUUUGACUUGUAUUUAUUUCGCAGAGUUAGAAGGUGUUUGUGUUGCAGACUCCGCAUGGUGUAACGUCCCUCAGAAGUCUGUUCCUCAGCCGGAGCGCCACCAGGAGUCCAAGCUGAAGCGCAGCAGCAGCGUCCAGGAGAUCUUCUCCUCACCAAGAAACAAACUCCUGCGGCAGAGCAGCCUGCAGCAGCAGAAGGAGCUGGAGCAGCAGCUGACUGAGCAGAGAGGACUGACUCAGGCCAUCGCCAGGCAGGGCAGCCGAGCUCGACUCCACAGCCAGGACUCAGAGGACCAGGUGUCACAAAGGCGUCCUCCUGCUGAGCCUGAUGUGGAGGACGACUCUGCUCAGACGAAGUGGGAUCGCCUCCACAGUCGGCUGCUCACUGUGGAGGAGAGCUGGCUGCGUCUUCCCUCUGAGAUUAUCACGCUUCAAAUACAAGAGAGAAAAUCGCUGUUCUCGCCGCGCUUGAUUAUCACCUUCUUUGAGCCGAAGGCACUUUGUUGUGUCUUCGGUGAGAUGGGGACUCCUGCAGGGCUUGAUGAAAGUUGUGUGUUUCUCUCUCUCUCUCUGAAGGUGACAGACUCAUCUCGGAGGCGUAGUGAUGGAACAGCAGGACGUAUGAUUGGCACACAAACCCUGAAAGAGCUCCAAACUCACAUCAGCCACCUGAGAGAGCUGGGACACACGGCCGCGGAGAGCCGGGAUCAGGUGCACGCAGAAUGUGCGUCCUCCGUGGACGGCUCCCAUCAGACGCUGGACGAGGGUUUGUUUCAUGUGCUGUACGGCGCGUCCCUGUCUCUGUCCUCCAUCAUCACACUGCUGGACUCGCCUGCCGGGGAGACACCUGAGGAAGACGUACAGCUGAGGCUGCUGCAGCUGCAGAGUCUGUCUGCAGAGCUGGCUAUGUUUAGCAGCGAGCUGGCCUCUCAGGGGUCAAAGGUCAGCAGUGUGCUGGGGUCAGAGUGCGGUCAGCAGUGUGUAGAUGACGUGUGCAGAGUCCUUCCUGUGGUCCAGGCUGCACUGAGCAGCACCGAGAAGCAGCUCCGAACCCUGCAGGAGGAGAAUUCAAAGCAGCAGAUUCAACUAAAUGAGUUGCAUGCAGCCUUCACUUCUAACCAGACGACCGUUCGCCAAAUACUUAAUGAAUUCAGUGGAACCACGCGCCUUAACGAACAACAUCAGGCGCUGGUUCAGGUGCAGGAGUCUCUGCAGCAGCAGGUGGAGCAGGUGAGCUCCCUGCUGCAGGAGGCCGACAGACACAACCUGCCUGCUGCUGUCGUCCACCAGGCCACACAGCUGCAGGCUGAGCUGGAUGGUGCUCUGGGUGCUGUCCGGUCCCACACUGAUGAUCUGAAGAGCAGCGUGGAGCUGCAGCAGCAGUACGAGCGGCUGGUCCACAGCCUGCAGGAGCUGCUCGUUCUGGGCUCUGAACGUCUCACACAGCAGCCCGACUCAAAGCUCCACAGCAGAGCUCAGCUCCAGCAGCAGCUCAGCAGCCACACGAAGUUCUUCCGGUUCCUGAGCCAGCACUUUAAGAUCCUGCAGUACCUAACCCAGAGAGUCCCAGAGAGCGCCCUCCAGAGGUGGGAGGGUGUAGUGACCGGCCUGCAGGGUGAGGUGGCCCGACUGCAGCAGCUCGGACUGGAGACAGGGAUCAGGAUGGAGGAGAAACUACAGAUGUGGUCACAGUGGGAGGAGGACAGCCUCUGGUCAGACUCCCUGCUGAGAGGCAUCGAGACUUCAUUUCCCAAGAUGCACGAGGGUGAUUCUGAGGAGCAGAUAUCAGAGAAGCUCUCAGUCUACCAGGAGCUGCGUGGCGUUCUGGAGGGGAACCGAGCGCGGUUCAGUCGGAUGCUGGAGGCGGGGCUCUGGCUGCAGGAGGCGGGCUGUAGAGGAGUGGGUGUGGCCACCGGUCAGCUGGAGGCACGCUGGAGAGUCCUGCAGAAAAAGCUGGAGCACAAACGCUCCAACGUAGACAGGAAGUGGAAGCUGAGGAGCAGAUUUCUUCGUGACACUGCUGCACUGUCUGACUGGAUGGGCGGGGCCAGAGAGAUGAUUGACAGAUGGAGUCAGCUCUCCGUCUCAGCCAACCAGGCGAUGGAUGUUGAACAGAGGCGGGACACCUACCUCCAGUUCGUGGCUUUGACCAAAGAUUUAGAGGCCAGAUCUGGACUCAAGGUGGCCGUGAUCGGUACUGCAGCUCAGCUGGUCCAGCUGAAGGAAGCAGAUGGAGACUCUGAGAGGAACCCUGAGGACAGCGAGGCUUUGGACUCAGAUCCCAGUUCAGUCCACUCCCAGCUCCGACAGAUAGAACUGGCCUGGUCCGGUCUGCUGGCUGAUGUUCCUGUCGUCCAACAAGCUCUGCAUAAGCGAUGGAUGAAGACGUUGACCCAGCAGGGGGCGCUGCUGGAGCUGCAGGCCUGGCUGGAAGCUGCUGAGACCCGACUGGAGGAGCACCGCAGCAGAACCAACCAAACCUCCUCCAACCACAGUGACCUGAGGCAGCUCCUGAAGUACUGCAAGGAGUGUCAGACGGAGAUGUCGGCUCAUCAGGCCACGCUGGACUAUGUGCAUCAGCCGUUACAUAAGUGCAGUACUGAGGAGGAGCAGAGGAGGCGCUAUGAACACACCCAGUUUGCAGAGGAGCAGGGUCGGGUGACCCAUCAGUGGCUCAGUCUGCAGGAAACCCUCAGCUCUCAGAUCCAGGAGGUGGAGGAGGAGCUGAGGAGCAGGACGGAGCAGGAGGCCCGACUGCAGCAGAUCAGCAGCUGGAUCACGGAUCAAAACCUCUGGAUGGACUCGGCUCAGACGCCCAGCAGCCGGACGGAGCUGCAGAGGAGCGUCAACACCUGCCAGGAUCUGGAGGAGAAGAUUGGGCAGAAGUCUGCAGCUCUUCAGGAGGUGAGAGACAAACUCGACGGUGGAGGAGGAAACAACGGCUGUGAUUUCAUCUCUCAGACAGAAAACUGCAUCCAGAACUGUGCAGCUCUGAAACUCCAGAAUGCAUCUGUCAAACAGAGGCUGGUUCAGGCCCAGCAGCUGUGGGACUGUGUGGCGAAGCGACUGACUCAGAUGAUGCAGAAAACAGCGAGGACGUCUCAGACUCUUGAUCAUCAUAGCAGCCCUCAGAUCUGCCUGCAGGCACACAGAGAUCUCCACGAGAGGCUGCAGCUUCUUCACAAGGAGACAGAAGCAUCGGAGGCCGAGUGGGACGAGCUGAGUCGAAGCGUCUCCUCCCUCAGAGACACCAUCAGUCCUGCUGCUGCCUCCCUCCUCACCAAGCAGCUGGACGGGCAGAGAGACAGGUGGACAGCCGUGUCCAGAGCACUGAACGAGCAGCUCCAGAGGAGUCGGCAAGUCCUGCAGGUGUGGGAGAUCUACGCCCGGCUGGCUGCGUCUUUCUCCGAGCGGCUGCAGAAGCUGCAGAGCGACGUGGAGGCGGAGCUGAGCAGAGCGUCGACGGAUGAUAACACCGUGGAGCAGAUCGCUGUCAAGAUUCACAACGUCCAGAGUCUCCAGGAGAGGACCGACACUCUGCAGUCUGACCUGGAGGGGGUGCUGGAGGCCUCCAAGGACCUGAUUGGCCACCUGGAACCUUCAGCUGCCAGUCUGGUCCAAUCAGAGAGCCGCUUGUUGUCGCGUGGGGUCCAGCAGCUCAGCAGGACUCUGGCAGGGAAGCUGGGUCAGCUGCAGGAGGAGCUCAAGCGGCUGCAGGAGUUCGGAGGCGUACUGGUGUCACUGGAGAGGAACCUGGAUCUUUGGCAGCAGCGUCUGCAGGAUGAGGCUCAGACAGCAGACCAGUCUGGCCUCCUGGAGCUGAGCGGCCUGUCUGCUGACCUGGAUGUGCUGAACGAGCUGAGCCGCAGCCUGACGCCAGGCGACGCUGCAGCACGCCGCCUGCAGCGCCUCAACCGCUGCUGGGUCGACGCCUCCGCCCGAGCCGAGGAGGCCUGCAGCGAGCUGCAGACGGAGGCACUGAGGCGGCAGAGCUUUGAGCAGAAGUGUGAGAGCUGGAUGUCGUUCCUGCAGAGGAUGGAGGACGGGCUGACUGUAGACGUGGCCGGUUCCUACAUCGGCCUCAGAGAGCAGCUCUGCACACACAAGCGCUUCCAGGCCGAGCUGUCCAUCGGUCACCAGAUCCUUCAUUCAGUGGUCACUGAAGCUCUUCACCUGCUGCAGAGAGGAGAGGUGGAGGACAGGAGCGACUUCAUCCUAAAGCUGGCCUCGCUGCGGGAGCACUGGCAGGGUGCGGUGCAGCGGGCGGAUCAGAGGCGCUCCCUGGUGGAGGGGCUGGUGAAGCACUGGCACCAGUACAGCCGCAGCCUGAGGAAGCUGCAGAAGUUCCUGUCAGAGACGCAGACGCUCCUUCCUCCCGCCGGACCGGCUCGCUGCAGCCUGCAGCAGCUCCGACGCUCCCUGCAGGACCUCCAGCACACGGAGCUGCUGUUCCAGAGGUAUCAGUCCAGCUUCAUCCACACCCUGGACGUCGGCCGCCAGCUCUUCUCCAUGGGGGACGAGGAGAUCCAGGCUCAGCUGCAGACGGACCUGGGAACCCUGCAGGAAGAGUGGGACAACCUCCACAGCCUGCUGGGCCGGAGGAUGGACCUCACCGAGGCCAUCGUCAAGAACUGGGAGCGCUGCGAGGCCGGACUGGCAGACAGCAUGAUGCAGCUGAAGGACAUGAAGACCAGACUGAACCAGUCGAUGCCAGACAGCGAUGAGGAGCUGCAGAGCGCUGAGAAAUUCAACAAGGAGAACGAGGACUCCCUGGAGGACUGGGCUGAGAGCCUGACGGAGCUGAGCACCAUGAAGACGGAUCUGUCCCAGUACAUCAUCGCCGACGAUGUCCUGCUGCUGCAGGAGCAGGUGGAGCACCUGCACUGUCAGUGGGAGGAACUCUGCCUCAAGGUGUCUCUGCGUAAACAGGAGAUCGCGGAUCGUCUGAACGCCUGGAUCAUCUUCAACGAGAAGAACAAAGAGCUGUGCGAGUGGCUGACGCAGAUGGAGAACAAGGUGGCGCACAACUCCGACCUCAACAUCGAGGAGAUGGUGGAGAAACUCAAGAAGGACUGUAUGGAAGAGAUCAACCUCUUCAGCGAGAAUAAAACACAUCUGAAGCAGCUCGGAGAACAACUCAUCACAGCCAGCAACAAGACGAAGGAGACGGAAAUCAACGACAAGCUGAAGGACGUCAACGACCGCUGGCAGCAUCUGUUCGACCACAUCGAGGCCAGGGUGAGGAAGCUGAAGGAGACGCUGGUGACGGUGCAGCAGCUCGAUAAGAACAUGAGCAACCUGCGGACGUGGCUAUCUCGCAUCGAGGCGGAGCUGGCCAAGCCGGUGGUCUACAACGUGUGCCACGGCGACGAGAUCCAGAGGAAACUGGCCGAGCAGCAGGACCUGCAGCGGGACAUCGAGCAGCACACGGAGAGCGUGGCGUCGGUGCUGACGCUCUGUGACGUCCUGCUCCACGAUGCCGACGCCUGCGGCAGCGACUCGGAGAACGACUCGAUCCAGCAGACGACCCGCAGCCUGGACCGCCGCUGGAGGAACAUCUGUGCCAUGUCCAUGGAGAGGAGGAUGAGGAUCGAGGAGACCUGGCGUCUCUGGUGUAAGUUCCUGGACGACUUCUCUCGCUUCGAAGACUGGCUGAAGACAUCUGAGCUCACAGCAGCCCACCCGGACUCUGCCGACGUCCUCUACACCAGCGCUAAGGAAGAGCUCAAGAAGUUUGAGGCGUUCCAGCGGCAGGUUCACGAGCGUCUCACUCAGCUGGAGCUGGUCAACAAACAGUACCGCCGCCUGGCCCGGGAGAACCGAACCGACGCCGCCAGCAAGCUGAAAGUCAUGGUCCACGAGGGGAACCAGAGGUGGGACAGCCUGCAGAGGAGGGUGGCUGCCGUCCUCCGCAGACUCAAGCACUUCACCUCUCAGAGAGAAGACUUCGAGGGGACCCGUGAGGGGAUCCUGGUCUGGCUCACAGAGAUGGACCUCCAGCUCACCAACGUGGAGCACUUCUCCGAGAGCGACGUCGAAGACAAGAUGAGACAGCUCAACGGCUUCCAGCAGGAAAUCACUCUGAACACCAACAAGAUCGACGCCCUCAUCGUGUUCGGGGAGAACCUGAUCCAGAAGAGCGCUCCGCUGGACGCCGUGCUGAUCGAAGACGAGCUGGAGGAGCUUCACUCCUACUGCCAGGAAGUGUUCGGCAGAGUGGCCCGCUUCCACCACCGCCUCGUCAACAGACGCCCGGUCCUGGAGGAGGAGAGGGAACUGUCAGACCGGGACACAGACCUGGAGGACUCGCCCGAUCUGACCAACGGGACCUCCUGGAGGGACUCGAGGAAGAAGAAGGAGGAGGUGGAGGAGGAGGUUCCAGCAGCGGGUGGAGUCCCAGCUGGACGGCAGGUCAUGUGUCACCUCCUGGUUCCCCCUCUGGAGCGGUCGGGACGGGAGACCCCGGUCAGCGUGGACUCCAUCCCGCUGGAGUGGGACCACACGGUCGACGUGGGAGGAUCUUCAUCGCACGAGGACGACGAGGACGCCUCCUUCUUCAGCGCCCUGUCAGACGUGAAGGUCACAGAGAGCUCAGAGUCGUUGGUUAAAGCGACUGUCGGCGCGGUGAAAGUGGCCUCUGUGAAGUCGGUGACCGACCCGCCCAGCUGGCACCAGCCCGGCUCCCCGGAGAGGAAGCGAGUUCCCCGAGAAAUCCUCCACGGGCUGAACUCGUCUCCCACACACACCACCAGCACUCCCUUCCACCAGCGGGGAUACGCGAAGCUGAUGUCAGAGUGCAGCGGCAGCAUCAACACUGUGAAGAGGGUCAAACUGAUCCUGAACGACGAGGAGGAGCUGGAGGAUCCUGGUCUGACCAGCAGCACGGCCGACAAACAGACCAGCACAGGUGUGAUCGAGCGCUGGGAGCUGCUACAAGCAACCAAGUUCACCAGCGACACGGACAUCAAGCAGGACCUGGAGCAGUGGCAGAAGCUCAACUCUGACCUCUGUGAUGUCACUUCCUGGUUGGGCAGAGUGCUGCCGGAGCUUGAGAGGCUGCAGCGGAUCGCGCCCUCAACGAGCAUCCGAGACAUCGAAGUCAACAUCAGGAAACUAAAGGACAUGCAGAAGACCUUCAACAGCUACAAGUGUCUGAUGAUCUCCGUCAACCUGAGCAGCCGUCACUUCCUGCGGGGCGACAGCGCCGAGCUGCAGGAGCUCCAGGAGGCUCUCGGCUCGGCCAAUCACAGCUGGACGCAGGCCUGCGGCGGCCUGGAGAGCUGGGAGAGGAGGCUGCACUCUGCACUCAUGCAGUGUCAGGAGUUCCAUGAGACGCUGCACUCUCUGCUGCUGUGGCUCGCUCAGGCCGAGAACAAACUGAACGCCGUGAACAUCAGCGGCCUGUCGACGCCGCGCUCCGUCCUGCUGGAGCACCGCGGCACGCUGACGAUUCUGCAGGAGGAGCUGUGCAGCCGGCAGCGGCAGGUGUCCUCGCUGCAGGAGAUCUCCUCUCAGCUCCUCCUGGAGGCCACGGGAGAAGACAGCAUCGAGGCGAAGGAGAAGGUCCACGUCAUCUGCAACAAACUGCGUCUGCUGCUGCGACAGGCGGCGGCCGACCUGAGCGCGCUGCAGGGGAGGCUGGAAACCUGCCCGAGCAGCUCUGAGAUGGACAGCAUCGGUCUGGGAACGCUCGCCUCUCCUCUGCUGCUGCACAAGGAGGAGGCCGGUCUUCAAGCUGCCGCAGCUGGACUACCAGCAACGAGAAGGCAGGUUGAAGAUCAGAUGCAUAUCAGGGAGGAUCGGAGGGAUUCGUCCCCACACCGACCCCUCUUCUACCGGGUCCUCCGGGCUGCCUUCCCCCUGCACCUGCUCUUCUUCAUGCUGCUGGUUCUGGCCUGCCUGGUGCCGCUGUCUGAGGAGGACUACAGCUGCACCCUGUCCAACAACUUCGCCCGCUCCUUCUACCCCAUGCUGCGCUACACCAACGGCCCUCCGCCCACAUGAAAACGCCGCCAGGUCGUCUCGAGGCUGAAGUCCUGAGCUGACCCCUUCACGUCUGAAAGCUUCAUCUGUGUUUUUUGACGGUGUAUUUAAAAAAAUGUAUUUAUUUUUUUGUGGCGCUCCACAGUUCUGAAACAAAACAGAAGCCAUAUCACCGACUUAUUUUGAAGUUUUGUCAGUUUUAUAUGUAGCUUUGCCAUCAAACGUCCCCACGGAACAUCACAAAAGUCAAGAUUUAUUUUAAUACAGACGUUACAUUUUCAUUUUUUUUGUACUUCACUACAGUCUGAGAUCUAAUCAGAAGGAUGAAGGACCAUUAUAACCAAAGCACCCAGCGAUCGAGGAGCCAUUUUUCUACCACUGCAGCUAUUUUUACCGUUCGUCACAGCAGGAGCCACGUGUUGAACAUUUUGUACAGAAAAGAGACGGUUGAAGUUUUUUGGUUUUGCUCUUUUUAGAGAUAUUUAAGAUAUAAAAGGUCUUUUUUAAAUGAUGGCAGUGACUCGUCUGCAGACAUGCCUUUCUAUCAAAUAAUGUACUUUUAAAUGGAUGAAUUUUGUAUAUAAGGGCAAACUACUGAGAAAAAGAAUAGAUAAAUUAUUAUUUCUGUGUGUGAGCGUGGCGCUGAGAAAGUAAUUUAACACGGGGAAAUAAUCUGAGAUGCUUUUGUAUUGUAUAUUUGUGGCUUUUCAAACUUGUACCAGAUUAAUACACUGAAUUUUUGGUGCUCUCUUUUUGUGAGAGCCGAUAUAAUGAAACGACUGAUAGACGGCCAGUGUUUGAGAUCAUUUGUGAAUAUUCAAGCACCAAACCUAAAACUUUUGCAAAAAAAAGGCUCAAAUUAAAGCUGCAUGAGGAGAUUUUGACCACUAGAGGGCGCACAUCAGCGAUUAAACAUUAAGCCAACAUGAUAGCAUUAACACUGUCUGUCCACACAUCCUGCCGAGCAACAUCGUCACGCCGCUGGAGUUUAGUUGUUUUCAACUAAACCCUCCUUUAAUUUCACUGGGAAUAAAGUCAUGUAAUGGUGCAGCUGUUUUUAAACUUUCCAAGUGUUACCAGACUGACAGGAUUAAGUUUUAAUCCUCUCUGCAACAUAUCCUGCGUUUUUGAAGACGCCUCUUUCGGGCGGCAGUGCAUCGUGCGAUGUUGUUAUCACACUGACUUGCAGCUUCGUACGAUGGCGUCAGCGUCUCGUCCGCACCUCGAUUUGCAGCUGUGCAAACCAAAAACGGCAAACCAACAGCUGCAGAGUUAAGAUUCUGGUACUGUGAGCGACGAUUUCACGUCACGCAGCUGAUCUGAGGCAGCUUUUAGGUGAAAUUUUAGGUGUGAUCAACAUCGAUGGAGCAAUAUUAGACAGGAAGUCCUGUGUUAAGAGAUUAACAGCAGCGACAACAUAUCGCACUGCCGUUCAGCAAAAUCCAACACGCCACACUUUGAGUAGAACAUGAAUGUAAGCGAUCCUUUGGGCAUUGAAUGUAAACUGUGUACAUGCACAAUCAGAUAACAAUAAAGGUACGUACUUUUA